AAGUUACGACGGCAGAAGCGAAAUAGACGAGGAUCUCAGACAAGCCGUCGAGUCCUAACAAUGAAGUACGGGAAGCAGCAAAUGAUGUUGAUUCGUAAAAGAAUGAAGAUCGAGAACUGGAUUGAUGCUGAAGUUGCCAAGCUGUUCAAUGGUAACGAAAAUAAUGUGAGUUUUUUUUUACUCGGAAUGGAUCAUCUCCAGCGAAGCCAUUGCCCGGCAUCGAUGGACAAGAUCACUAUGUUUUUGGAUGAGAUGAUUGAUCAGCUGAAUACGCUUUGA